ACCGAAUUUAUUCUACUCGCACCAAUAGUUCGUUCGUGCCUCGUCUCUUUUCUCUUGGUUAUACUCUCUCACCACUUCCUAAAUCAGAAGCGAAUUGGGAUUAAGCUAUAGUCACCGGCCGGCGGAGCAGAGCGCGUGUUGUUCCUGGUUCUUCCUUCCUUGUUCUCCUUCACUCACAGAUCAAAAUGACAUUUAACCGAAAUCAAAAUGGCAAGACCUGUAAAUUCUCAUUAACAUAAAGCCCUUUUCCUGAAAUAACACAGCUACAUUUCAGCAAUUGGUUUGGCGCCUUUCUCUUUGUUUCCCGCGCGCCCCUCCCAUUCAAUAAACCUCCUUUCCUCUGUGUCCAUCCAAUCCUAUAAAACUCACAAUUUGUGGAAUCGGAGAAGAUAGAAGAAGCAGGAGGGGGAUGUUUUAUUCGCCGACAUUCUUGGCUCGGAAGGGUCCCCUCGGUACCGUCUGGUGCGCUGCCCAUCAUCUGCAGCACCGUCUCAAAAAGUCUCACUACACCUCCACUGAUAUUCCCUCCACCGUCGGUAUGCUUAAAAAGACAAAAACUUUUAGCUUGUUAUGCUACCCUAAUUCUGAUUUGGCUAUUGAAUUUGACAAUGAUGAGCACAUCAUGUACCCAGACAUCCCGAUUGCACGGAGGAUGUCAGGCCAUCUUCUAUUAGGUGUUGUACGGAUAUAUUCCAAGAAGGUUAAUUAUCUCUUCCAUGACUGUCAUAUCAUCCUUGUUGGUUUGAGUAAGGCCUUUGAUGCCAAAAAGGUGGAUUUGCCCGAUAAUGAAAACCAAGCUCCAGUUCAUGCUAUUACUCUGCCCGAGACAUUUAACCUUGAUGCUUUGGAACUUGAUGAUGAUGAUAUAUACACUGAGGGGAGCCCAGAUAAUCAUCUCAGGAAUGAGGAAGACAUCCGACUACCAGACCAAAUUCCUACUGGAGCAAAUCCUUAUAUUGCCAUAACUUUUGAUGAGGAUAUGAUGGAUCUAUUGCAUUCAGAAGCAGCUCCUGAAUCAGGAAUCCAACUAAUGGAUGAGGAUGUCAUUCUUCAAUCUCCCAUUGGUGGUAAUCUCCAAAACAAAGAACUAAAUGCAGCAGUAGCUUUUCAAGAUCCUGGUCCAGCUAAUGAGACAAAACUGCCUGGCACAAGCAUGGCUUUUGGGGGUACAGGUCCAAGUAGCCAGACAGAAGUACUUAGACCAACUAUGGAUUUCUACAAUAGUCAUCCUGGCAAUGAGACAGAAGCACCUAAUAUCAUUCAUGAUGACAUCGUCACUCAAGAUUUUCCAGAAAUUGAAGUUAGGCGUGAUACGGUCCCUGAUAUUAGCAAUGAAUGCCUACCUCUAGGGCAUCCAGAGCAGAGAAAUGAUGCAAGUGAAAUGAGAGUAUCUUUGGAACGAAUUUGGGAUGAUAAGGAGAUUCAUACUCCAAUUCUCAGGAGUAUGUCAACUUCUGGAGCAGAGUCUAUACCAUUUCAUGACCACUCUGGGCCACCAAUGUUUGCUGCUUUUCGAGAGUCUCUUGGGAAUUUGUCUGGACAUAAAUCACCUCAACUUGCCAUUCAACCCUCUCCACCAGUACAGCAGCCAAGAAAGAGACAGAGAACACGGGGGAGGUUCUUCGAUAAUGAACUAGUGUUGUCUGAUAGGUCUAUGAAGAAGGCACUUGAAGAUUCUAGUGAUCUAGUACAGAAGAGAAUGAAUGUACGUGCCUCUGCUUUGGCUGUAUGGAAAUCAAAUAGCAUUCUCAGAAAGGGACAAUUAUUUCAUGGGGCUUCAGUAACAGGGUUGUGUGUUGAUAUAUCUGAAAUGUUUGAGAGGGACUACACCUUUGCAAAACCCAAUUUACCUGUACUACAGGGAGCUGUUUCAAGUCCUCGGAUUUUACAAUCUCCUGCUCCAAGCACAGAAGCCGAGGAUUUGCAGAUUCCUGCUACUGCAACUGCAGCUGAAGCUAGCCCAGAGCAUAGGGCUGGAAGACCUGAAGCUGCAGUGCCUGAAAUUGACAGGGAAACUGAAUAUCUUCGAGAUGAUCAAGGCAGUGCUUACAACAAUCUUUUAUAUGAAUUUGAGCCCUCCCCAUUGAGACCAAUAUGUUCUGCAAGGGAUGAUUCAUCUCCAUUAUCAAUUAACAGUUUAAGAUCAGAGACAACACCUCGGGUACUUCCAACACCAGACGCUGCAGCAUUCACUGGAAAUCAUGGAUCUGCGUUUGAAACACCAAGGGCAUUCUUGGAUAAGGGACUGGUUCUGGGAAGCAUGGGUCUUUCAGAUAUUCCUGAGAUGCUGUGUUCUGCAGAAGAUCUUUACUUUCUUGAAGAUGAUAAUAAUUCCCCAACUGAGUUCCAAGCUAGUCAUGGAGUAGAUUCCUUGUCUGUGAGAACCAGAGCAGCGGCUCAAUAUUUGAAGAAGCAGUCUCCUAUAACUGCUAUCUCAGAAAACUCAUCUGGAGAUCUCAGUUUGAAUAAGAUCUUAGAAGGAAAAACAAGAAAAUUAUGUGCUCGAAUGUUUUAUGAGACAUUGGUUUUGAAGAGUUAUGGAGUUAUUGAUGUACAACAAGAAAAAGCUUAUGAAGAUAUCACUUUGAAGUUGACUGCAACUCUAUCUAAGGCCCAGAUAUAAGGCCAUUGCAUCCAUGGUGCAUGCACAGGAAGCUGAUCCUACAAAUCUGGAGGUGCUUCUUGCUCUUGGUGUGAGCCAUACAAAUGGGUUGGAGCAGACAGCUGCUUUGAAGUAUCCAUAUUGAUGGUUAUGCCAUCACCCAAAGUGUGGAACUCUCACAACACGAGCUCUCUGAAUCAUUGUAUUAUGCUGAUAUUGCUAGAUUAUUCAAUGAAGCUGCUCAAAUGUCACCUGAGGAUGCUGACGUCCACAUAGAACUUGGUGUCCUAUAUAAUUUGUCAGGGGAAUAUGAUAAGGCUGUUGCAUCUUUCAAGACAGCCUUGAAACUCAAACCUAAUGACUACUCCCUCUGGAACAAGCUUGGGGCAACACAAGCAAACAGUGUGCAUAGUACUGAAGAAAUAUUGGCCUAUCAA